ACCGCCGAGGGGAGGCGAGGAGGCAGCAUGGAGAACGGUCCGCCCGUUUUCGACAAGCCCAAGGUAGAACUGCAUGUUCAUCUGGAUGGAUCCAUUAAACCUGAAACUAUUUUACAAAUUGGCAAGAAAAGAAAAAUUGGUCUUCCUGCAGAUACUGUAGAAGGCCUCCUACAACAAGUUAGCUACAAUGAGCCACUCUGUCUCACAGAGUUCCUAGCAAAGUUUUCCCUCUACAUGCCAGCAAUUGCGGGAGACCGUGAAGCUGUGAAAAGAAUAGCUUAUGAAUUUGUGGAAAUGAAAGCAAAGGAGGGAGUCAUCUAUGUUGAGGUCAGGUACAGCCCUCACCUUCUUGCCAACUGCAAAGUGAACCCAAUCCCUUGGGGCCAGAAAAAGGGAGACCUCACUCCGGAUGAAGUGGUUAACCUUGUUAAUCAGGGAUUAAAAGCUGGAGAGGAGGCUUUCAACAUCAAAGCCAGGUCUAUUCUAUGCUGCAUGCGCCACAUGCCAAGUUGGUCACCAGAAGUAGUAGAACUCUGUAAAAAGUAUCGGAAUGAUUCUGUAGUUGCUAUAGAUUUGGCUGGGGAUGAGUUAAUAAAUGCGGAGACCUACUCAGAACAUCGGAGAGCUUAUGAGGAAGCUGAAAGAUGUGGCAUUCAUCGGACUGUUCAUGCUGGUGAAGCUGGACCACCCCAGGUCAUCAAAGAGGCAAUCCACAUCUUAAAGGCAGAGCGUAUAGGUCAUGGCUACCAUGUCUUGGAAGAUGACUCUCUCUAUAAGCAGCUGUUGAAACAAAACAUGCAUUUUGAGGUAUGCCCUUGGUCUAGUUAUCUCACUGGAGCAUGUAAAAACAGCUUUGCUGAUCAUCCUGUAGUGAGGUUUAUGAAGGAUGGUGCAAAUUAUUCCUUGAACACGGAUGACCCACUCAUUUUUAACUCCACAAUUCACACAGACUACAAAAUAGCAAAGGACUCCAUGGGCUUCACUGAGCAGGAAUUCCAGAGGGUGAACAUAAAUGCAGCCAAGUCUAGCUUCUUGCCAGAGCAGGAGAAGAAGGAGCUUCUCUCCAAGCUGUAUAGUGCCUAUGGGAUACUGAAAAGCACAGAGUUCUAAUCCCUUCUGUGGCAGCCUCUCAUGACCUCUUCACAACAGCUCUUGCGCUAGCUGGAGACAUCUCUCUGCUUCUUGGAAGAAAACGCACAAACUUAGUAUUACAAUCUUGUUUACUGUCGGUAUCCGCAAAGUGGUACAUGCACUAUGUACACAGAACAGUAUUCCUAUGUUGUUUGCAUCAUAUCUACUUAUAGGACCCAAAUCCCAUAGCCUGGAUGGCUGCUGUCUAGGCUACUAGCCACUAUAUUUUGACUGACAUAUAGGUUUGUUCAUUUUUUAGAUUGGGGACAGUCUUUAUUUUUCUGGGAACUAAACUUUCAAAAGAGGGACUGUGGCUUGUGGUGCAUACUUCAUCUCACUUUCCACUUUGGUAAAGAGAUUUUUACAAGUUUCUUCUUUUGUGUGUGUGUGUGUUGAUUCAUUGACCUUUUUAACCUGAGGUGACAGAGGGACAAAGGUGUGUGCAUAUAUUGAAAACCAAACAUCUGCCUUGAGAACAAUUUCCUUCCCCUAGUCUUGGAGAGAAAUUUCUAAUUGGUCUGUGUUCUGUGUGCCCCUAUAUGUGCAAGACAGGGAUGUCAACAACUGAUUUUUAUGUAGAGAUUUGUCAUCUGUUGGUGAUAAAAAAAAACUGAUGAAAAUGGAUGUCACUUCACCCUCAGUUGUUUAACUGUUGUGAGUCUGAUUGUUCUCAGCCUUAAUGCCACCCAACACUUUUUUAAAAUUUUACUUAAUUCAGUAGAGCUAUAAUCUAAUAAUGGCAACUUUUAUCCAAAGAGAGCUAUGUGUAACUAGCAACCUGAGAAAGUGGCUGUGAAUGCACCUUGUCCAAGAUGUCUUAAACUAAAUAUGUGCAAAGAACAAAACAAAACUUUUUUAAAAAAUCACCUGAGUUAACCGAAGAAGAAAACCUGUUAAUUUUUAUACACUUGAAGUGUCUUGUCCCCCUUCCUGUGUUACGGAAACCCUCCUGUUUAACAGCAGAUUUGCCCAAGCUAUGUUGUUUCCUGGCCUGCCCUUUGUUGGCAAGCUCACUCUCUGUGAUGGUGCUAGAGGCAUGUCUGAAGUAUUGCAGGUGUUUUACAGCCCAGUGCACAAUCCAGUUAAGCUAAAGCACCAGAUUGUCACCGGAUUUAGUUCUGUUGAAUUAGUCUCUGGGACUAAUUUUGCCUUACAUGCAAGUACUCUGGUUUUACUGAUUUAACAGCUUGAGCUGCGAGUCAGUACCUUAAAGAACAUGACAUAAGACUGACGCUGUUUUGUGCAGGAAGAGCAAAUAUGGUACAGCAUAAUUUCCCUCCUGUUCUCUGUGCAGCCCUGCAUAUAGACAGGGUCUGCCCAGUCCGUGUAGAGGAACAUUCUGGGAAGCUCUGGUCGUGGCAAGGCACUAGUCCUCUUCUGUUCUUCUCUGUCCUGCCUCAAACAUGUUAGACCAUCAAGAGACUUCACAUUUUUGGCUCUAGCUGUGAUCUCUUAGGAAGUACAGAUCUAAUGAAGGCUGUGCAAUACUGCGAGAACGCCAAGGUUCUUGCAUCUUCCUUGGGGCACCUUGGGGAAAAAGCCCUCCAAGGAUGCCAAAACUUCCUAACUGACUGUAUAAUUCUGUGGAGAACAUGAAGUUAUUCAGUUUCUGACAGUGCCAUCAUAAGCAGAGCUACAACCUUCUAAAACCACGGGCUUAGAAAGGUGUAACUCUGCUUACAAUGGCACUGUUAAAUGUAGUAGGUGUUCAGUACUCCAAUUCACAACUCUAGGUAAGCUGAAGUAACUAGGGUUUAACCCGGUCUAGCUCUGUUCCACAUCUGUGGGACUUAAAUGAGCUUAAAUGGCAAAUGUUUGGGUUUAACUGAGCCAUUGGCUGAGUUGUAAUGAACUACAGUGGCAGUUUAUUGUUUCAUGUGGCUAUAGUAAACGUGGCGUAGGAGAUAGUCCAGUCACAGCUGGACUUACAUUCUGUUGUGCUGAUGAGGAAUAAUAUAAAAACAGUUCUGCAACAGCGCAUAGCCCCCAUAAAUAUGAGGAUGUGGCUUUUAAUUAUUUUAUUUUGCACUUUUUAAAAUGCUUGUUGGAGGAAAGUCUUAAAAUAUCCAUAACACACACACCCCCCACAGCUUAGCAGAACUCUUUGGCUUUCAAAUUUAAGGGAUCUGGGAGUGGUGUGUACACACACUUCAAAAAGUGUUUCUGAACAACAACUCUGUGGACAAAAGGCCUCCAGUUUGAUGUUGCCCAAGCCCUGCACUUCACAGUACUCUUGACGUUCUACAUUUUAUGCAUAUUUAGAAAUAUGUAGGUUAAGUUUACAAUAUGUCCAUGUUUUUAUAAAGUGUGUACUUAAAGUUAAAGCAGCUAUCAUGACUCAGAGGGCUAGAAACGCUGGUAUUACAACACUUCAGACACCAAAAUCUGCCUCUGAUUAGCGUCUCUGACAUUGUCUUAUGUUAGAUGAGUUAUGAUAGAAAAAUGUCA